AUGUUAACAGCCAGUGUGCUGCUGGUAUCUUUUGUGGUGUUUCUGCUGGUUCUGCAGUUCCUGAAAUUGCAAUGGAUCCGAAGACGACUUCCUCCUGGCCCAACUCCGUACCCCUUGUUUGGAAAUCUGCUGCAGAUGAACUUCCAAAUUCACCAUGAGAUCCUUAAAAAAAUGGCCAAAACUCACGGUAAUGUCUUCACUUUAUGGUUUUUAAACACGCCCAUGGUUGUCCUGCAAGGGUUUCACGCAGUAAAAGAAGGUCUGACUGUCCAUGCUGAAGAUGUUGCUGGAAGGCCAUUAAUCAAGUCCUUUCACAUUUUGACUCAGGGAAAUGGUGUUAUGUUCUCUAAUGGUCGUCUCUGGAAGCAACAGAGGCGGUUUGGGCUUGCGACACUGAGGAAAAUGGGAGUAGGGAAAAAAGACCAGGAGUAUCGACUGCAAGAGGAGGCCGGUCACCUGGUGGAAUACCUAAAGAAAACAAACGGAAAACCUCUGGACCCCACUAUGCCCGUUGUUCACACUGUCUCAAAUGUGAUUUGUUCUGUGAUUUUUGGACAUCGCUUCUCUAAAGACGACGAAAAUUUUCACCGCUUGAUUGAAUCCAUUGAUACUAUAACAGCAUUUGGGAACAGCAUCUCUUUUUUUAUAUAUGAAAUGGUUCCCUGGCUUGCAAGGCGUCUCCUAGCACCAUGUAGAGAUACUGUAUCCAGCAUAGAUUUUGUGAAUAAUCUAUUGGCAAAGGAACUUGAAAGCCAUAAAGGAAAACGAAAAUCAGAUGAAAAUCAAGAUUUUAUUGAUUACUAUUUGGAUGAGAUAGAUAAAACCAAAGGAGAUGCUGAUGCUACUUAUGAUGAAGAAAACUUGAUCCAGACUAUUUUUGACCUCUUUCUGGCAGGUACAGAAACUACAGCCACUACUUUACGUUGGGCAUUGCUCUAUAUGGUGAUUUAUCCUGAUAUUCAAGCUGGCUACCAGGCACAGCAGGAGUCUGGCAAGAAGAAGAUGGUGGAAGUGCUGGGAAGCAGGUGCUGGGUACAGACCUCUGUGGAGACUGACUGCUCCUUCCCUUUUCCCUCUGCAGGCCACCGUGUGUGUCUGGGAGAGGUGCUGGCAAAGAUGGAGCUUUUCAUCAUCUUUUGCAGCCUGUUGCAGACGUUCAAGUUCACCCUACCAGAAGGAGUUAAGGACGUCAACACAAGUGUUGUCUUUGGGAGCACAAUGAAACCCCAUCCGUACAAGCUCUGUGCGGUUCUUCGCUAGGUUGCAGGGUAAUACAGAUUUGAGAAAGAGGCAUUGCCACGGGUUUGGUAGCGUGCUGAUCUUUUGAGCAGCUCUUGUGUUUUUCAUUUCUAGCUGAAAUUCAGUGUGAAUCUAUCCUUGUUGUGUUAGAUGUCUAAGAAGCCAGCCCUGAAAAAUACUCCAGUUUUCCUGUGUCUGGAAAA